GCGGCCAUGGCGGCGGUGGCGGCGCUGCGGCGGAUCGUGCCGGCGGCGGGGCGGGCGGUGGGCAGAGCGCCGUGCCGGGGUCACCGGCUCACGCCGGCGGAUGAUGAGAUGUACCAGCGGACGCGGGUGAUGGUGCUGGAGCCGGAGUCCCCCAACAUCAUGUUCAUCGAGGGCUACAGCACUCGCGGCUUCACCAUCAGCGGAGACGUGGUGGUGGGGCCCUGCGCCGUCCUGCCCCGCAGCAUCCUCCAGUGGAACGUUGGCUCCCACCGGGACAUCUCGCACGAGAGUCUGUCUCUGUUCCGACUGCUGGAGCCCCAGAUAGAGAUCCUGGUGCUGGGCACAGGGGACAGGGUGGAGCGGCUCCACCCCAUCAUGCUGAAACAGCUGCGGGAAUGCGGGAUUGCUGUGGAGGUGCAGGACACGGCGAAUGCGUGUGCAACCUUCAACUUCCUCAUGAAUGAAAGGCGCAUGGUGGCUGCUGGGCUCAUCCCCCCGCGGGGCACCUAGGGGAUGUAGGCACUGUCUACCAUGCCCAUGGGCUGAGUGGUUCUUCCCCUGCCUGCCUGAAGCCCUGAGGGUCAACUCUCAACUGAGAAACGCUCCAUAGUGAACUGCAGAGCUGCCGGCUGGGUGAUGGCUCUGCACACAGAAGGGCUGUGAAAUACAUGGGCUUAGCUCUUCCCUGCA